AAUAAGGAAGUUGACUCAGAUUUUCAUCAAUGGAAACAACGUAGAUGUGGCACCACACAGGAGCAGUCUGCGCUGCAUUACAACUCUGACAGUGUCACUAAACCUCAAGUGAAGAGCUCCUGUGCCAUAAUGAUGGGUACUAGGAACAAUAUGUUGGGUGCUGCUGCAUCCAACAACAAGGUCAAGUAUUCACGGCUGGCUGCUGAUGAUGACGGUUACAUAGACUUACAGUUCAAGAAAAGCCCGCCAAAGGUCCCGUACAGAGCGAUUGCACUAGCAGUAUUCCUGUUUUUGAUCGGCUCUUUACUGAUAGUGUUCGGGGCUCUUCUUCUGUCUGGAACCAUAAAGGUCGAGCAUCGAGACCGCACCAUUCCCGUCAUCAUCAUCGGGCUACUUGUUUUCCUUCCUGGAUUUUACCAUUUGAGAAUCGCCUACUACGCUGCCAAGGGUUACCGGGGUUACUCCUACGACGACAUCCCGGAUUUUGGCGACUGAACCAAAUGCGAACUGCUGAUUGGUGAAGAAUCCGCUCCUUUUGCCACACCGUGCAUCCUGAGAUUGUUGCCUGCUGUUUACUUUGAGUUUCUGAAUGUAUGUAGCAAACAAGGCAAACUUUACUACUGUUCUGCCUCAGAGACUUUAAAUGUUUUGCUGAUCUUUAUAAUUCUGUUAAUUCAAUGCUCUGUGUUUUAUUAUCCUCCACACAAAAGCUUGACGAUCCUGAGAGGCUUUUUAUAUUCAGUUUUAUCAACAAUGAACCAAACACUUAAUGAGUAGAGGACAUGUUGCUGGCAGUAGUACAGCCACAUGUGCAAUGCUUACCUCUUAUUCAAGAAACGAGCCUUGGAUGAGUGGUGAAACAUUUUUGGAUGCCUUCAACGUACUACUGCUCCAAAGUCCAUGACCUGGAUGGCUGAGAAGCUUUGUGUUCUUUGCACAGUUGCAGAGCUGUUUCAUAGUGUAUCCUCAACAAAUAUUUAUUUUGUUACCGUAGUCUGUAUGAUUUAAUGCAAAGCUUGGGUGGCUGCAUUUCCCCCGAGGGAUUAUAUUUGAAGUACUAUCCAAAGAUCGAUUACUUUGUCAAAGUAGAGUAUAUUUUUGACUGAGAUGUAUUACUUCCUGUAUGAAGUAUUGCUGUUUGUGCAUUUUCAUUUGGGUUUUGAAUAUCAGAGAAAGAUGUAUUUUUACAUACAUUUGCUUGAUUAAGAAAAAUGAAAUAAAAGUAGAAAUCUGAUUUCAAA